CGGAUAGUUUCCACGUAACACAUAAUAUAACGGCGAAGGAUGCCUUGCUGUCAUGUAUGAGGAUUUAUUCAACGACACGGCCACUGAAAGCUGAUUUUGUGUUUCAUCCAUCCCCGAGAAACUACAAUAACAACAAUACAGAAAUUACAAUUCGCGAUUACAGUGUUGACCAUAACCAUGGAGUCAGCGAGUCGAAAGGAAAAGCCUAAGCAGAGAGAUACGUCAACACGCGGGGACAGAGCAAAACAGAAGACUGCACAACAAGAAUUGAAACACCGCCAAAGAGCAGAGAUAUAUGCCCUGAAUAAAGUGAUGACGGAACUUGAGCAGCAGCAGUUUGAGGCCUUCUGCAAGCGGAUGCAGUCAAAAGGAGAAUGACAACCACCUUGAGAUUUAUCUGUGUGAUCUACAGCACAACACACGUAGCAAAGCCAGCAUCAUGUUUUAAACCUAUUGCUAAUAUGUAAUUAUCGCUACUUUCUGAAUGUUGGCAUUUGUUUGUAGCGUAUGUAGUCGAUUAGGGUAUGAAGGUAGAGAUGGUGCUGAAGUUGACAUGCCCCUCCAUGAUGGUCAAUCAUGGUUCAGAAUUUGUUUACAAAGCUGUCAUACAAUGCUCUAUGCCUAUACCUCUGUUAAGAACAAGAAGACUGACUGAUAUUGUUACACACCAUAAUUUAUUAUGUCAUAAUAACCUUGGUAUGUUUUUAACAUUUUUUAACUUCUAUAUACAUGUAUGUACUGUGACUUUUAUCUUGACCCUAUGCCUUUACAUGAGCCACUAGUUUUUACCUUAUCCCGGUGAACCACUGCAGAUAUUCAAUGUUUACAUUUUAUGCUCUCAAUACUAUAGUAAAAUUUGUUUAUACUCGUU